GCAGGUGUCUUUCUCAACGAUGAGCAGCACAGCAUUGGUACCAUAUAUUUGCUACGCACACCCCAACGGCUUGCGAAGCAACCUCAAGUACACAAAUGUUUUUUGCAGAACUGACGAGCACACUGCUAUGGUGAUUGCUGGCUCACUUCUGCUUGCUUUCGGCGUUUGUGGCUUCUGGGGCUUCGCAGCCUACCUCGCUCACAUGUGUCCCAAGUGGUGUUCUACUGGAAACUUUCGAAGGGUGCAGAGUGCCAGAUUCUUAUUGGGCCGCUUCCGCCUCGAUGUUUGGUGGUAUGGAGUGCCGUUGCUCCUUCGAGGACCGUUGCUGGCACUGACCGUGGUGGUGGCUCCUGACUAUCCGGCCGUGCAAUGUUUGGCCUGCCAGAUUAUUCUGAUGACGUUCAUGGCCGUGCAAAUCUACAACUGGCCUUGGAAGGCGCCCAUUCUCAACGUUGUGGAUAUGGUCGUUUGCUUCCUACUCGUCAUCCUCGUAGCUGUGGCCGGCUUCUACGUCCCAGCAGUCACAGAUGGUCUGAAGACUUUCUUCGAGGUCUUCAAUAUUGUGGCUUUGAGUGGCCUACUUGUGCUGGUUGGAGUAAUGAUCCUAGCAUCUGUGCUGGCACUCUUCUACCGCGCUGCUAUCGGCAGCCAACAGGAGUUGAAGAUCAUGACCGUUGGGAAAACACCACCGCCGUCACAGGUGGCCUCCGUCUUGGUGCGCCAGAUUGCAGCUCUGGUCAGCAAAUCCGACGAGCAGAUGGCUGCCAAGUUGGAGAAGCUUGGAGUUUACGACUUGCAGGCGCUGCAACUGGCCUCGUCUAUCCUGCAAAACGAGGUAGUGGAUGCUACGGAUGCUAUUGAGCCCACCAGGUCCAGCAGGUCGACUUCUCGCAUCACUUCCCAGGCGUUGGCACCGGCGCCGAAGAAAAAGGCAGAGCCUGAGCCCCCGAAGCCUGAGCUUGAUAAGGAUGAUGAGGACCCGAACAAGGCCAAGCAAGCUACGGUGUGAUUGUAGACGGCUGCGGGGUGGCUUGACGUUGUCUCAUAGUUCCGGCUCGUAUUUGUACGGCAGGAACUUUGAAAUUUCGGGAGCUGCAGGAUGCGGAGUCUUUUGAUCCUGCAGCACUGCAGCGCCUAGAAAACAAUUAUUUAAUUACUUUUUCCAAGUCAGCAGUGUUGAUCGGGAUGGUUCUGGCUUUCCCCUUUCAAGUGGAGCUGCAACUGCCACAGCAAGUGCGCAGUUGGGAAACAAAUUCAGCGCUGCCAGCCAUUGGGCUGAGCGCCGACUGACAGCAGGAAAAACCUCUUUAAGAGGGAAGAAAAACCUGCCCGUGAUGACUCUCUCCGUAGGGAAAAGGAA